AUGGCCACUCUGCUCCUAAUGCUCAUGGCUCUGUGUGUCACCACAGCUGCUGACUCUGGGGACGUCUUAGACCCCGGCAGUGCGCUGAGUGUCAGCAUCCCCCAGCCAUCCCCACUGAAAGCCCUCCUGGGGACCUCGCUGACUAUCCCCUGCUACUUUCUUGACCCCCUGCAUCCUGUGACCACUGCCCCCUCCACGGCCCCCCUCGCCCCGAGAAUCAAGUGGAGUCGAGUGUCCCGGGACAAGGAGGUGGUGCUGCUGGUGGCUACUGAGGGGCGUGUACGGGUCAACAGCGCCUACCAGGACAGAGUCUCGCUGCCCAACUACCCGGCCAUCCCCAGCGAUGCCACCCUGGAGGUGCAAAGCCUGCGUUCCAAUGACUCUGGCAUCUACCGCUGUGAAGUCAUGCAUGGCCUGGAGGACAGUGAGGCCACCCUGGAGGUCGUGGUCAAAGGUAUCGUAUUCCACUACCGAGCCAUCUCUACACGCUACACGCUCGACUUCGACAGGGCGCAGCGGGCCUGUCUGCAGAACAGUGCCAUCAUCGCCACCCCUGAGCAGCUGCAGGCUGCCUAUGAGGACGGCUUCCACCAGUGCGACGCCGGCUGGCUGGCCGACCAGACUGUCAGGUACCCCAUCCACACCCCCCGAGAAGGUUGCUAUGGAGACAAGGAUGAGUUUCCUGGCGUGAGGACCUACGGCAUCCGGGACACAAAUGAGACCUACGAUGUGUACUGCUUUGCAGAGGAGAUGGAGGGGGAGGUCUUCUAUGCCACAUCUCCAGAGAAGUUCACCUUCCAGGAGGCGGCCAGCGAGUGUCGGCGGCUAGGUGCCCGUCUGGCCACCACAGGCCAGCUCUACCUGGCCUGGCAGGCCGGCAUGGACAUGUGCAGCGCUGGCUGGCUGGCCGACCGCAGUGUGCGCUAUCCCAUCUCUAAGGCCCGGCCCAACUGUGGAGGCAACCUCCUGGGCGUCAGGACUGUGUACCUGCACGCCAACCAGACCGGGUACCCCGACCCCUCAUCCCACUAUGAUGCCAUCUGCUACACAGGUGAAGAUUUUGUGGACAUCCCAGAAAACUUCUUUGGAGUGGGCGGUGAGGAAGACAUUACAGUCCAGACGGUGACCUGGCCUGACAUGGAACUGCUUCUGCCCCAAAAUGUCACUGAGGGGGAAGCCCGCGGCAGCGCGAUCCUCACGGCCAAGCCUGAGCUGGACACCUCCCCAAAAGCCCCAGAGACCGAGGAGCCCCUCACACUUGUCCCCUACACUGGGGCCUCUGCCUUCCCCAGUGCUGAGAACAGGACUGAGGGGGCUGCCACGGCCUUCACCAGCGAGGACCUGGUGGUGCAAGUGACUGCUGCCCCCAGUGUAACUGUGGUCCCUGGGCAGCCACGCUCACCAGGGGGGGUUGUGUUCCACUAUCGUCCGGGGUCCUCCCGCUACUCACUGACCUUCGAGGAGGCUCAGCAGGCCUGUGUGCGCACGGGGGCAGUCAUGGCCUCCCCAGAGCAGCUGCAGGCUGCCUACGAGGCUGGCUAUGAACAAUGUGAUGCCGGCUGGCUGCAGGAUCAGACUGUGAGAUACCCCAUUGUGAGCCCACGGACCCCAUGUGUGGGUGACAAGGACAGCACCCCGGGAGUCAGAACCUAUGGCGUGCGCCCAUCUUCAGAGACCUAUGAUGUCUACUGCUAUGUGGACAAGCUCCAGGGGGAGGUAUUCUUUGCCACACGUCUCGAACAGUUCACCUUCCAGGAGGCACUGGAGUUCUGUGAGUCCCACAACGCCACACUAGCCUCCACGGGCCAGCUAUACGCCGCCUGGAGUCGCGGUCUGGACAGGUGCUAUGCAGGCUGGCUGGCUGAUGGCAGCUUGCGCUACCCUAUUGUCACCCCACGGCCUGCCUGUGGCGGGGAUAAGCCAGGUGUGAGGACCGUCUACCUCUACCCCAACCAGACAGGUCUUCCGGACCCGUUGUCCAGGCAUCAUGCUUUCUGCUUCCGAGGUACUUCAGAGGCACCCACUGCAGGAGAAGAGGAGGGCGGCACACCCACACCUUCAUAUGACCUGGAGGAGCAAAUUGUUACACAAGUGGGACCUGGUGUGGCUGCUGUGCCUGUGGGAGAGGAGACAACCACAGUCCUGGACUUAACCCUGGAGCCAGGAAACCAGACAGGAUGGGAAACAGUCUCCCACCCAGUUGGCACAUCCCUGUGGUCAGGGAUCCCUCAUACCUGGUCUCCCACUGACACAGCGACAGAAGAGAACACUGAAGGCCUUUCUACAGCUGAAGUGCCCUCUGCUUCGGAGCCGUUCAUGCCUUCAUCACUGGUGCCCCUGGGGACUGAACUUCCAGGCUCUGGGGAGGCACCGGGGGCACCUGACAUUAGCGGAGACUUCACAGGCAGUGGAGAAGCUUCAGGACAUUUUGACACCCCUGGGCAGCCCCUGGGGGGCAGUGCAAGUGGAUUGCCCUCAGGAGACGUGGACUCCAGUGGUGUCACUUCCUCAGUGGGUUCAGGCCUGCCUGUGGGGAGUGGACUGGCCUCAGGUGAUGAAGACAAAAUUGAGUUGUCCAGUACUCCUAAAGUUGGUGGGAUGACCUCUGGAGGUGAGGGCCUUGAGGGCUCUACUUCUGCCUCAGGAGUGGGGAACCUAGAUGAACUUCCUUCUGGAGAAGUUCCAGAGACUUCUACUUCAGGAGCUGAGGGCCUCAGUGAACUUCCUUCUGGAGAGGAAGCUGUAGAGACUUCUGCCUCGGGAGUAGAGGGCCUAGUUGAACUUCCUUCUGGAGAAGAUCUAGAAACUUCUGCCUUGGGAGCUGGGGGCCUUGGUGAACUUCCUUCUGGAGAAGUUCUAGAGAUUUCUACUUCAGGAGCUGAGGGCCUUGGUGAACUUCCUUCUGGAGGGGAAGCUGUAGAGACUUCUGCCUCAGGAGUAGGGGGCCUAGUUGAACUUCCUUCUGGAGAAGAUCUAGAAACUUCUGCCUCGGGAGCUGAGGGCCUCAGUGAACUUCCUUCUGGAGGGGAAGCUGUAGAGACUUCUGCCUCAGGAGUAGGGGGCCUAGUUGAACUUCCUUCUGGAGAAGAUCUAGAAACUUCUGCCUCGGGAGCUGAGGGCCUCAGUGAACUUCCUUCUGGAGAAGUUGUAGAAACUUCUGCCUCGGGAGCUGAGGGCCUCAGUGAACUUCCUUCUGGAGAAGUUGUAGAAACUUCUGCCUCAGGAGCUGAGGGCCUCAGUGAACUUCCUUCUGGAGGGGAAGCUGUAGAGACUUCUGCCUCAGGAGUAGGGGGCCUAGUUGAACUUCCUUCUGGAGAAGAUCUAGAAACUUCUGCCUCGGGAGCUGAGGGCCUCAGUGAACUUCCUUCUGGAGGGGAAGCUGUAGAGACUUCUGCCUCGGGAGUAGAGGGCCUAGGCCUUGGUGAACUUCCUUCUGGAGGGGAAGCUGUAGAGACUUCUGCCUCAGGAGUAGGGGGCCUAGUUGAACUUCCUUCUGGAGAAGUUUUAGAGACCUUAGAUUCUGGAGCUGAGGACCUUAGUGGAUUGUCUUCUGGAAAAGAAGACUUGGUGGCAUCUGCAUCCGGAGCCUUGGACUUUGACAGAACUUUGGGAAGUGGGCAAGUUCCAGAAACAAGUGGUCUUCCCUCGGGAUACAGUAAAGAGUACUCUGAAGUGGACCUUGAAAGUGGCCCCUCCUCUGGUCUGCCUGACUUUAGUGGACUUCCAUCUGGGUUCCCAACUGUCUCCCUGGUAGAUACUACAUUGGUGGAAGUGAUCACAACCACCAGUGCAAGUGAACUGGAAGGGAGGGGAACCAUUGACAUCAGUGGGGCAGGAGAAAUAUCUGGAAUGCCCUUCAGUGGGCUGGACAUUAGUGGGGGAGCUAGUGGACUCCCUUUAGGAGCUGAGUUCAGUGGUCAAGCAUCAGGGUAUCCUGACACCAGUGGGGAAAAGUCUGGACUCAUUGUCCAUGGACAGCCAUCAGGAUUCCCUGACACUAGUGGGGAAAUGUCUGGAAUGACUGAGCUCAGUGGUCAAGCCUCAGGGUCUCCUGAUACCAGCGGAGAUACAUAUGGAGUGACUGAGCUCAGUGGACUGUCCUCUGGAACAUCAGUCAUCAGUGGAGAAGUGUCUGGAGUUCUUUUUGGGAGUGGUCAGCCAUUUGUCACAAACAAUCUGAGUGGAGAUCUAAGUGGGCAGCCAUCUGGUUCGCCAGAGUUCAGUGGCUUGACUCCCAGAAUCCCCAGCCUGGUUUCUGGAGCCAUGAGUGGCAGUGGAGAAUCCUCCAGCAUUACCUUUGUGGACACAAGUUUGGUUGAAGUGACCUCUACUACAUUUAAGGAAGAAGAAAGGUUAGGAUCUGUAGAACUCAGUGGUCUUCCUUCUGGGGAGACAGAUGUGUUGGGCUCAUCCAAGAUCAUUGAUGCCAGUGGACAAUCUUUUGGGACAAUUGAUUCCAGUGGGUUUACACCAUUGGCUCCAGGAUUCAGUGGUUUCACAAGUGGAGCAGCUGAGAUCAGUGGUGAAUCCUCUGCAACUGAGGUUGGGAGCAGCUUGCCCUCAGGAGCUUUUGAUAGCAGUGGACUUUCAUCUGGUUUUCCCACUGUUUCUUUCAUAGACAGAACUUUGGUGGAAUCUGAAACCCAGACUCCAACAGCCCAAGAAGCAGGAGAAGGUCCAUCAGGCAUUUUGGAACUCAGUGGUGCCCAUUCUGGAGUGCCUGACAUGAAUGUAGACCAUUCUGGAUCUCUGGACCUAAGUGGGCUGCAGUCUGGGCUGGUAGAACCCAGUGGGGAGCCUCUAAGCUCUCCGUAUUCCAGUGGAGACUUUCCUAGCACCACUGACCUGAGUGGAGAAUUUUCUGCAGUCACAAGCACCAGUGGGGAGGUCUCAGGACUUCCACAAGUUACUUUGAUCAUGUCUAAAUUCAUGGAGGGUGUUACUGAACCAACUGUUUCUCAAGAACUUGGCCAGAGACCCCCUGUGACACAUGUGCCCCCGCUUUUUGAGUCCAGUGGGGAAGCCCUUGCAUCUGGGGAUACGAGUGGAAUCGCACCAACCUUGCCUGGGCCUGGGAUAGGAGCAUCCUCAGUCCCAGAAUCUCACAGUGAGCUGUCUGCCUACCCUGAGCCUGGGACAAGGGCACCUGCUGCAUCUGAAGCCAGUGGCGAAGCCUCUGGAUCUCCAGAUGCUGGUGAAGCCACUUCUGCCUUCCCUGAAGCUGGUGUGGAGGAUGCCUCGGGCCUGCCAGGGAGCAGUCGCACCCUGGCCUUUCAGGAAGGCUCCACAAAGGACUCAGCUUCCCCAGAGGAGAGUGCAGAGUCGACACUCACUUACAGUGCAGGCACAGAGACCUCAGGCUUACCUCCGGCCACUCCUACCACCUCCAGAGACAUCACUGAAGUGAGUGGAGACCUGUCCGGUCACACAUCGGGAUUGGUGGAUGAGACCACCACUGCCCAGGAGGCUGAGUGGAUUGAGCAGACCCAGCAUCCCACAGAGGCCCACCUGGACAUCAAGUCCUCGAGCCCCUCAUACUUAGAAGACACAGCCAAAACAGCCACCUCUCCAACAGAUGCUCCUGUCCAAAGCUCUCCAGAUGGGGCAGGUGAAUCAAGGCCAACUGCAGCAGACAUGGAUGAAUGCCUCUCAAACCCUUGUGUGAAUGGAGCCACCUGCGUGGAUGCCGCCGACUCUUUCACAUGCUUAUGCCUUCCCAGCUACGGAGGGGACCUCUGUGAGAUCGACCAAGAGGUCUGUGAGGAGGGCUGGAUCAAGUUCCAGGGCCACUGCUAUCGCCACUUUCCCGACCGUGAGACCUGGGUGGAUGCUGAGAGCCGGUGUCGGGAGCAGCAGUCGCACCUGAGCAGCAUUGUCACGCCUGAGGAGCAGGAGUUUGUCAACAACAAUGCUCAGGACUACCAGUGGAUUGGCCUCAAUGACAGGACCAUUGAGGGAGACUUUCGCUGGUCAGAUGGACACCUCCUGCAAUUUGAGAACUGGCGCCCUAACCAGCCUGACAACUUCUUUGCCACCGGGGAGGACUGUGUGGUGAUGAUCUGGCAUGAGAAGGGCGAGUGGAAUGACGUUCCCUGCAAUUACCACCUGCCCUUUACAUGCAAAAAGGGCACAGUGGCCUGUGGAGAGCCCCCCGUGGUAGAGCAUGCCAGGACCUUCGGGCGGAAGAAGGAACGCUACGAGAUCAACUCUUUGGUGAGGUACCAGUGUGCGGAGGGCUUCAUCCAGCGUCACGUGCCCACCAUCCGGUGCCAGCCCAGCGGGCAUUGGGAGGAGCCGCGGAUCACCUGCACAGACCCUGCCGCCUACACACGCAGAGCACAGAAGCGGAGUUCACGGAGCCUGCAGAGGAGCGGAGCCAGCACAGCCCCCUGAGAACCAUGGGAGCACCCAGAUGCUGAGCCCAGGAGCCCACCCACUGGCUGACAGCGCGUCCCGCCAUAUGGUGUCCUCGCUGCCGCUUUCUAUCAUUAGGGAAUCCCA